AUGCAUGUGGGAUACCUUUUGGAUAAAGAAGGCAGCAUGUAUCACCAAGGACCUGUAAGACGAUCGGGCAUCAACAUCCCACCACAGAACUUUGUUCCCACGCCACAAUAUUCCGACUUUACUGGAUACCAUCAUGUGCCAAACAUGGAUACGCACGCACAGUCUUCGGGGGCUUGGGGAGCUCCUUAUGGCGCACCGAGGGAGGACUGGGGCGCCUAUAGUCUGGGUCCUCCUAACACUAUUCCUACGCCCAUGAACAACUCAUCGCCGGGACAAGUUUCCUAUUGCUCACCUGAAUACAAUCCCAUGCACCCGCCAGGGUCAGCAGUAUUGCAACCACCUCCAGAUAAUAUUUCUGUUGCUCAACUUUCCCCGGAGAGAGAAAGGCGCAAUUCUUCUUACCAGUGGAUGAACAAAACGGUACAAUCAUCUUCCACGGGCAAAACAAGAACGAAGGAGAAAUACAGAGUGGUUUACACCGAUCACCAGAGACUGGAGCUGGAGAAGGAGUUCCAUUUUAAUCGUUACAUCACUAUCCGAAGAAAGUCGGAACUUGCGGGGAACCUUGGCCUUUCAGAACGACAGGUGAAGAUCUGGUUUCAAAAUCGCCGAGCCAAGGAAAGGAAAUUAAUCAAAAAGAAAAUGGGAUCUGAUGGCAGCGGAGGAUCAGUGCACAGUGACCCGGGAUCAGUGAGCCCUCUGCCGGUACCAGGCUCACUCAGUCCGUCGGAUAUUCACGGCUCUCUCUACCCACCCCCCGGAAUGAACACCUUGGCAUCUAUUAGGAACAUACAGCAAGUUACUGUCACUCAGUAGAAUCGAAUUUGGACCAUCCAACAUAACUGAGCACUCCGACACGCUGAAAGGACAGUUCCGCUAGACUUGGCUCCCAAUGGAUUACUCAGACGUCCUGAAGCACAUGUUGUGGAUUACGAGAAGUCGAGAAACAAGAUGAUUUAUAAUUGCAACGAAAUGCUGGAGGCUCUUCAAAUAUACUUUUUUAUAGAAUAGUUCUAAUAAUAAAAUAAAAACAUACAAAA